AUGCAGUACAAGGACGAGCGUCUUUCUCCUUCUCGUUUUGCCAUUAUUCGAUGGUUUGGUUUCGAUCAAUUUCAACCUGAACGUGCCGUUACUUCAUAUUGGGUAUCGCCAACGACGUUGCUAUUGAUACGCAUACCCAUUACUUUGUACUCAACGAUCGUCAUAUGGGCUAAUAUCGGCUACACUACCACCCAAGGCGAGAUGACUAAUUUCUUUGGCUACUUUACAAACCUCACGUACAUCGGUCUCCAUGCAUACCUCGUUACUGCUUUGUAUCAUAGCGUUGACUACUUAUUGACCCCGGAGCGAUACCCUCGCACAUUCUUCAUCCAGCCUACUGUUCUCAACUACCUCUACGUGUAUUUGUAUCACACCAUCCUCGUGUUCAACAUCAUUACGCCUGUUGUUUAUUGGAGUAUGCUCAACAAUGGACAAGCCGGUAUUAAUCCCAUGGAUGCAUGGCUCAAUGUCUCUGUGCAUGGUGUAUCGUUUUUCCUCAUGAUGUUCGAAAUGAUCUUUAGCCGAAUGCAAAUGUACAUGAACAUUGUCCUACUCAUUGUGAUCAAUGUCAUCCUGUACAUGUUUUUGAGUUGGGUUGUGCACGCUACGGCCGGCUGGUGGGUCUAUCCUUUCCUUGACUGGGACAAUGGACCAGUAGCCGCGGGAUACUAUAUUGGUGUUGGUGCCGCAUUUGUGGUUGUCUUUUUCUUGCAGAUGCUCUUCCACUGGAUCCGUGUAACGAUUGCACGUUGUACAGGUUGCGCACCACGCAAGCGUGAAAUGGUCGAGCUUGAGCAGCAUACCAAGGAAGAAGUAUAG